AUAUCCGUCACAGAAAAAAGUGGAAUACAAGGGGCGUGUGAAGUUUCGGUGAAAUUUUAUUUUCCUUUCCAAAACAUCAAUUACGCAAGCAAGCAUUACUAAAUGCCUUAAUCUGAGUGGAAAAUAACAUUUCGUGUUUCGUAAAACAUAAAUAGAGAAUCAAACGGUCGGGAUCAGUGAAAAUUCUCCAUUUGAAUCAUAGAAAACAUGGACAGACGGUCAAGGAGUAUUGAGUCACCGCGACGGUAUAAGAACCGACGAGACCAUCCCAGGCGUCAUAGCCGUUCCAGAUCGAGGUCCAGGAACCGCAGUCGUGAUCGUCGUCGUAGAAGUCGUAGUCGCUCUCGCAGCCGUGAAAGAUACAAUAACAGACGUAGCCAGGAACGAGAUCUAUACAAAGACAUCAUCAAUGAGGACUAUCAAGAAGAACACGAUAGAUACAAUCGCAAUGACAAGAAAUCACGCGAAAAAGGACGAGAUGGGGGCUACGGUUCAGGGUAUGACAACUACAACCGACGUAAUUUCAGUGAUAGAGAUCGCGACCGACAUAAGAGAUACUACUCGUCGGACAGAGAUGAUCGCAGCGAUAGCUACGAUUCAGACGGGUAUAAUGAUCAUUACAGCAACCAGACACCGAAUAAUAUUAUAAUAUUGAGAGGUCUUGCACAGCACAUAACUGAAGCUGAUAUAAGUAACGAGCUUGCACAGUCCGGACUGCAGCCAGUCUCCAUACGUUUGAUCCGGAAAAGAAAAACAGGUGCAUCACGUGGUUUUGCUUUCGUCGAAUUUAGUACUGAAGAGGAAGCAACUCGCUGGAUGGAGUACAAGCAGGGCAAUCUUAUGCUACAAGAUCACUAUCGCGCCGUCAUGCAGUACAGUCACUCUAAGGAACCGCUGGCCAAAGAGAGAAUCCUGUCGGAUUGGUAUUGCGCAAAAUGUGGCGUAUUCAAUUUCAAACGGCGCGAGAAUUGCUUCAAAUGCUAUGCAUCGCGCGAAGAAAGCGAAAAGGGUGGCGAAGGAAGCGACGAAGUCAGCAAUAUUCUAACAAAAAAAAUUAUGCUUCGCAAUUUGGAUGUCCUAACAAAUGAAGAAGGCGUAUUGACCGUAAUGCAAGAGGUGAUUCCGUCACUGGUGUCGAAAAUAGCAAAAAUAUUGAUCUGUCGCGAUCCGCUUACGUCGACAUCACGUGGCAUUUGUUAUUUGUACUUUGAUAAUCUUGUUGACUCGAUGAAUACGCAUAAUUCACUUAAGGCCCUGGAACCGCCGUUGAUAAUAGAGAAAAGGGAAGUCCUGGUUUCAUAUUGCGUCGAUUCGGAGAACAAACAAAUCACGAAGCCUUCAUCGCAAAGUACGAAAACAGCGGAUCCAGCUGCAUCGUACACAGCGAAUACGUACCAAUACACAUUAGCUGAUGUCCCGCGAUUAGCGGAGUACAGCGCGUCGAUGUACGCUUCAACGCCGGCCGAACAAGAGCACUACGUCAAAUACUACACCCAAUACUACAUCGCGGAAAUCACGAAAGGGCAGUAUGGAAAUCUGCCAACUAUGAGUCAAUUAGGAGAAUCUGCCAAUUCAGGAGCCGCCGUUGCACUGUCAGCCAUCCAGAGAAAGCAGAAUAAACUAAAGGGCAACGGAGCUGACGCAGCUUCUACAACAGCUGCGACGGCGGCUGCAGUAAGUGCAACAGUUCCUACAGUUGCAGCAGUUCCAGUACAGGUUCCAACUGGAACAGAUGGCAAGAAGUAUCCAACCCCCGAUGUAUCACUCUAUCAAUACGAUGAAACAUCCGGAUACUACUACGAUCCGCUGACUAGUCUCUAUUACGAUCCUCAUUCCCAAUAUUACUACAAUAACGAAACUGGCUCAUAUCUCUACUGGAGCCAAGAACACAGCACCUACUUGCUCGCCUCAGCGGCUGCAACAACUGCUGCCGCUACUGUAACUUCUACUGACGCUUUGACCGCGACGACCCCCGCAGUCACAGCUACCCCUGCCAUUCUAGUUGGUCAAGCUGAACCGGCAAAACUUGCUACUGCAUCGGAAGAGAAGAAAGAAACUAAAAAAGAAUCCAAACAAGACAAAGUCAAAGUAGCAAAGAAAAUCGUAAAAGACAUGGAGAAAUGGGCGAAACAACUGAAUCAAAAGAAAGACAACUUUGUCGUUGCGACACCACAGCCAAUACUCACUACCAAACUGGAUGAUAUCGUCCCGAAGCCGGCGAGUAUUAGCAGUGGUUAUGCAGACGUCGGUUUUUCAAUAUUGGAGAAGAAGGAGAAAGGCAAGCUGGAUAUUCCGGCGACUCCAAUGAUAAUGAGUAAACUUGUGUCGUCUUACGGCUCGGAUUCAGAUGACCACGAGGAGAGCAAUCAUUCGCAAGGCUAUUCGGCAGAGAUUAAUGAAAAAGACUAUGUCGAUUUCGAGAAAUUGACAUGUUUGCUAUGUAAACGUGCCUUCCAAUCACAGGAUAUUCUGCAGAAACAUUUGAAAAUGUCAAACCUGCAUAAGGAGAAUUUGCAGAAAUAUAAUCUUACGCGAGGAAUACUCGAUAUUAACAGCGGGAACUCAGCAACUGGAUAUCGUGAUAGAGCGAAGGAGCGACGCCUCAAAUACGGAGAAAGCGAUCCACCGCCACCAAAUCGUAGCAAAGAACGCUUUGAGAAAGAACUGAAAUCAGUCACGUCAUCCGCUCAAAUGAAUGCUGCAUCUGUGCCAAUUGGUGAGAAUAACGUAGGCAAUCGACUUCUUCAGAAAAUGGGGUGGUCCGAAGGACAAGGUUUAGGUAAAAGCAAUCAAGGACGAACAAAAAUUAUUGAGGCGGAUGCCCGAUCCUCAACUGCCGGCUUGGGCACGAAAACUUCUGCAUUUACACCGGGUGAUGAUUACAAGUCAUACAUAAAACGAAUGAUGAAAUCACGCUACGAGCAAGCCGACGUAAAGGAAUGAUUGAAGUUAAUAUUGAGAGAAAGGAACUGAGAAUAUAAUUAUUGUCCGAGAGACCUCGUGAAUGUGUUAAUUGGUUAGGAGUACGCUAGUUUUUGUUUUUUGUACAACCUCAUACACACAUAGUUACAUAAUAUAAGCAAGAUUUUAGUGGAUUACCUAAAACAAAAAAAAAAACAACAAAAAUUUAGAAAAGUUAGAGGGUAAGCUUUCGUUUUAACAAUUUUAUUAUUGAAGAAUCAAUAUCAUUGUUUUGGUCUUUAAUAAAAGGAUAUAUCGAAUUUAAAA